AUGAGAAUCCCUCAACUGAUGAUGUAUAUUCGACCUCAAGAAUACUAUGAUAACCUAUCCAAAAAAUUAAAUGAAAGUACACUGGCAAAGACCUCAGCAGAAGCAGCUAUUUGCCUCAGUUCUGGCUUGGAUGCCAGUGAUGAAACUGCGCUUGUGUCCGGUCUUGUCAACACGGGCAAUUCUUGCUUUCUCAACUCAGUAUUGCAGGCCAUGUCUUCUUUACCCCAAUUACAUCUUUAUCUAGCACAAGUCAAUUAUGUAUCCACAGGCAUUUCAUUACCAGUCACUCGAUCUUUACUCAAAACAAUUCGAUCCCUCGCUAAACCACUUGAGAAACGUACUUCAUUUCGCCCUGUCGAUAUUGUAACAGCACUCUCUUCUAAUCGUCGUAUCAUCAGUCGUGAACAGCAAGACGCACAAGAGUUCUUUCAGAUCGUAUCGAGUGCCAUUGAUGUAGAAGGUCAAAAGAUAGCCAAAACAGAUAGAUUAGGAGGAGGACUGAAGGAUGUAUUGAGCCCACCUCAAAGCAUUGUUCAUUGGAUCCACCGAAAAAGACCAAAGCAUCAUGCGGAAAACCCUUUUACAGGCUUAUUGGCCAACCGACUAUCUUGUAUGCAAUGUGGAUAUACUGGGGCCAUUCGUCAUUUCUCUUUCAAUAAUAUUCAACUGAAUGUACCCAACAAAUACACGACAACACUUCAAGAAUGUCUGUCUCAGUUUACAUCGAUGGAAUAUUUACAAGACGCAAGUUGUCGUAAAUGUUCGUUUGAAAUCACUGUCAAAUCACUAGAAGCAGACAUUGAAAAACUCCAAUAUCAGUCCAAGAAACUUAAGAAGUCAGACGUGAAAAAGAAAAGAGAAUUAGUUGUUCAGCUUGUGAGUCUAGAAAAAGCAAAACAACAAGUUGAAUAUAGGCUGAAGAUGGGACGUAUAGAAGAAGAAGACGAUCAAGACAGACUCCCAUUGUUACGAUCUGUUAGUCGAAUGAGUAGUAAACAAGUCAUGCUUGCUAAACCACCCAAGAUUUUGUGUUUGCAUAUCUCUCGUUCUGCCUUUUUAAACACAGGUGCCGUGUAUAAAAAUACCUGCCAGCUUAUGUUUCCUGAAUAUUUGGAUGUUUCGCCUUUUAGUACGAAUGGCACUCUGCAUACACAACCCAACGUGCCUAUAUCCAUACCCGAAAAGAACACGACUUAUUAUCGAUUGAUGAGUGUCAUUGUUCAUUAUGGCAGUCAUAGCUUUGGCCAUUAUGUGGCAUUCAAACGAAGAAUAUUUGCAGAUCAGUGUCAAUGUCAUGGUUGUCAGGGAGAUGGACAGCCAGAAGAAUGGAAAUGUCAAAAUACUUGGUAUCGUAUCUCAGAUUCCAAAGUAGACGAAUGCUCAUUGGAGGAUGUCCUAAGGUCCAACCCUUAUAUGCUCUUGUAUGAACUAACAGAGGAAGAACAAGAAGUAGCAUUGUCUGAUGACUCGUCUGAGGAGGUAGUCAUUGACUAUAAUAUACCAACAAAAGAUGAUGCUACGAGAGAAGCAUUAAGGAUAGCUAAUUCGUUGAUGAUGGGAGAUCAACAUGAUAUGCUGCUGGCAGCUAAUAAGGGUACUGCAGUGGCAUAG